UCAAAAUCAUCUCCCUCUUCUUUUCUACUUUCCUUAAUCAUUUCAAAAUCCCUACAAAGAAAAAUCCCCAAGAAAUUAUCUCAACAUCACAAACCGAGUUUAAAGAAUUCCAGUUUCUAGGGCAGAGACCCCACCUCGAAAACCGGGUGUUGAUCUUCGACGUCGAAAAAGCCCUACUGAAAUCCCCUUCGCUUUUCCCUUACUUCAUGCUUGUAGCGUUUGAAGCCGGCGGCCCGAUUAGGUCACUCCUCCUCCUCCUUCUCUACCCUUUGAUUAGGGUUUGUGCCUGCGCUUUCGCCUUCAAGGCCAUGGUGAUGAUCUGCUUUUUCGGGCUUAAGACCGAUAGAUUUAAAGAGGGGAAGGCCGUCCUCCCCAAGUUCUUCCUAGAAGACGUGGGGGACGAGAGCUUUCGUGCCAUACGAAGGGCGAAGACGACGGUUGCAGUGAGCAGUUUGCCUCAAGUCAUGGUGGAGAGCUUCUUGAUGGAUUAUCUAGAAGUGGAUUUCGUUGUUGGAAGAGAUCUCAAACUCUUUCAUGGCUAUUUCUUGGGAUUUAUGGAAGAAAGAAGAGUGCCUUUUUUAGAUGGUGUGAUCACUCCCAAUGCAAUUGGAGUUUGUAGCUCCAACCAACCUUUCCAAAAUAAAUUGUUUUCCACUUGCAAGGAGAUUUACUUAGUGAGCGAUGAAGAAAGGAGAAAUUGGCACCAACUUGCAAGACAUUCAUACCCUAAACCGCUCAUCCUUCACGACGGAAGGCUGGCUUUCCGGCCGACGUUUGUGGCCGCCCUUCUCAUGUUCGUGUGGCUCCCGUUCGGUCUCGCCCUCGCCCUCGCUAGAGCAAUCGUCUUCUUCACAGCGCCGCCCAAAAUCGCGCUAACGCUAUUGCGCUUCUUGGGGAUGCAGCUUAGGGUUUGUAAGUCGAAGGCGUUCUCCAAAUUGGCCGCCAAAAGAAAGCCCCUUGGUAAGGGCAUAUUAUAUGUUUGCAAUCACAAGACCUUGUUUGACCCGGUCUUCAUUUACUACGGCCUCGGGACCCCGUUGACCGCGGUCACCUACGGUCUUAGUAGGGUCUCGGAGGCCGUGUCGGUCAUUGAGACUGUCCGGCUGACGAGGAACCGGGUCCGGGAUGCCGAAUUGAUGUGUAGUGUGCUAGGCCAGGGUGGGGACCUCGUGGUGUGCCCUGAGGGGACCACAUGUAGGGAGCCGUAUCUGCUGAGAUUUAGUCCUUUGUUCACUGAGGUAAGCGAGGAGAUAUUCCCGGUCGCGGUGGAGUGCUGUGUCAGCAUGUUCUAUGGGACGACAGCUGGCGGGUCGAAGUGGAUGGACCCAAUGUUCUUUCUCAUGAACCCGCGGGUGGCGUACGGGGUCCGGUUUCUAGAUGUGGUGCGUGGAGGCGUUGGUGGUGAUGGAGAUUCGAGAUUUGUGGUGGCUAAUUUGGUGCAAAAUGAGAUAGCUAAGGCGUUAGGCUUUACUUGCACUAAGCUCACAAGGAAAGAUAAGUACUUUAUGUUGGCAGGAAAUGAUGGAAACUAUUUAUGA